ACAAUUCUGUUGCUAGGAUACAACAAAUGCUCGGCUCUCUGUUGGAGACACCAGCUCGUUAAUUUAGCGUCUAACGUGUUUUCUUAAUUUAUUCGCUAGCUUCAUGGCCUGAGUUUACAAGUGGACUGUGUUAAGUAAGUCAUCCGCUUGGACACAUCGCUAGGGGUUUUCAUCAAACUACGCCCAGCCAUGCCAUAUUUUAAAUCCUCAAAAAAAAAUCAGCCAUUGUCAACCUUGUGGGCUAUUAAGUCACAGAAAUGUGGACUGCGGCACACAGUAUUCUCUGUCAAUGGAAAUGAAUACUCUGGAGAGUGGCAGGACAACAAGAAGCAUGGGAAGGGAACUCAGGUUUGGAAGUCUGGUGCCAUUUUUAAUGGCGAGUGGAAAUUUGGACAACGAGAUGGAUAUGGUACCUACAGUGUGCUGCUCCCAGAAACACAGGAGUAUGCAAAGAAGUACAUUGGUGGAUGGAAAAAUGGAAAAAAGCAUGGAUAUGGGAUGUACCUCUACAACAACUCAGCAGUUUAUGAGGGGGAGUGGAGUGAGGACUAUCGGAGUGGCUGGGGAAGGAUGUACUACGAGAGCGGAGAUAUCUAUGAGGGAGAGUGGAUGACGGAUAAGAAUCAUGGACAGGGCAUCAUCCAAUUUGCAAAUGGAAAUUGGUAUGAAGGCACCUGGGGAGAUGGCAAGAAGAACGGUAAUGGAAAGUUCUAUUAUCCUGACAAAGGCAAGCUUUAUGAAGGCUUUUGGGUGGAUGGAGUUGCAAAAUGUGGGACUCUGUCUGAUUUUGGGAGAAAUGAAGCACCAACACCGACCAAGUAUCCAAUUCCAAAGCUACACCUGGUGGAUAUGCAGUUGGUUUUAAGCGAAGCCCAGUCAGCCUACCUUGAGAGGAUCAACAGCAAGUUUCCACUCCACGACACACUCACAGACACCAAAUAAAAAAAGAAAACUAAUGGCA